AUGCUUGGGAAAUACUUUCGGCUGGAAACAUGUCUCCAUCUGUAUGUUGUGUUUCAGUAUGACAGGGCAUAUCGGGAUCUGAAAGGAUUUUCCAAAAAUGGAGACGAUUUCUGCAAGCAACUUCUGUCUGUUCUUCACCAGAGGGCAAAUUUGGAGAUUACAUAUGGCAAAGGACUGGAGAAACUGGCCAACAAGCUCGCCAAAGUGUUGAACAAAUCAAAGGUCAAUUAUAUUUGCAGUGCCUGGAUUUGUGUUUCAGAUGAGAUGAAAGCUGCAUCUGAUUUGCACAAGAAACUUGGCAAAGACCUUCAGACAGAAGCAAUAAACCCAACAAAUCACAUUCUGGUGGAACAUGAGAAGAGGAAAAAAACACUAGACAAUACAGUCGAGAAGGCAGCUGAAGUGGUUCUCAGCAAUUGGCGUCAACAAAUAAAGGCUAAAAAGAAGUUAAAGGAAUUCACCAAAGAGCACGAAGCACUUUUCCGUGAAACAGAAAGCUCCCAAGCGUUGGCAUCACCAAAGACGAAAAGAAAGUUACUCCGAAACCUGGAAAAAUCUGCAACCAAACUGGCAAAGGAUGACGAAGAGUAUUAUAAAAAGAAUGUAGCCGCCUGUGAAACUAGGUUGAAAUGGGAAGCCACUUUAGAAAAUUGCCACCAGCAUGUUCUAGAUCUCGAAAAGGAGAGACUCAGUCUUCUGUGCAGUAUGUUAAAUUGUUACAGCCUGCAUCUUUCCCGUUUUGGAGAAAACCUAAUGGCUUGCCACACAAAGAUUUGCAGUGCUGUGCAUGAGGCGGAUGCUGACAAAGACACACAAGUGUUAAUGGAAGGCAUGUCUGAGCUUGUUGCAGAAACGAAACUGGAGUUCCUGUUAACUGACUAUUAUGAGGAAGAUGCGACAAGUCUUAUUGAAAAAGAGAGGAGACACGCUUCCAUCAAUGCGAAAGUACUGCGCCUGCAAAAGGACUUGGAGAAGGCCCUACAAGACAAAACAGGCUUGGAACGGAUGCUUAAAGCUUACACGGAAACGCCACAGUUCUCUGAUGCAAAGAAUCAGAAUGAUAUUACUACACAGCUUGAUGAGGCAACGCUGAAAGCUACCCUUCUGCAAGCAAACCACUUCAAGUUAGCUAGUGUGCUAGCAGGAAUGGAACAGAAGCCUAAACCAGCACAACCUUGGAAUAACUGCAUUUCAAAAUGGAAAGAAAAGGACUGUGUGCACAAUUCUGUGGUGAUUACACGCCCUGUUAAAAUGAAGCAUUUAAAGCAAAAUUUGAGCACAAGGAACACCAGUGAAGUAGAAGCUAACUCAAGCAACUUCCCAGCCCCUGUGAGCAGCUCAAAGGCAGCAACAUCUUUGCACCUAGAGGGUGAUGAAUCGGUACAUGGGACCUGCGUGGCCUUGUAUGAUUACAGCACAGCAAGGGAGGAUGAGCUCUGCUUGCAUAAAGGUGACACGAUUGCAAUCCAUCACAAGGAAGAGGACGGAUGGUGGUAUGGAUCUCUCAAGGGGAAAAAAGGCAUUUUUCCAGCAACAUAUGUGGAAGAAAUUGCUCCAGCUGCUGACCAGAGCCUCACUGUGAACAAUACCACUCUUUAAACUGAAAAGGGCAAGAUAACCACAGAUCCCAAGGCCACUUCCCCAUUCAACCUUUACUCACCUGGGAAAGGCUCAAAUCUCUUUAAAUGCCUACUGUGCUGAAUGAAGUCUUAAAAUCAAACCAACCAAAUCUGACUAACUUCCUAGAUGCAUAGGAAGCUCUGAAUCUGAAGCUAUAUCAUAAAAAUUAAAAAUCUCUCUCACACCCAAUUCCUUUGUCAUAAAAAAAAAAGCAUUGGCGUUUAAGGUGCUAUUCCAUAACCACCUUACAAUAGAUCCUACUGAACUAAAUUGGGUUCGCUUAAG